CAGGAAGCUAGAAAUUCUGUUGCUAGGUGACAUACUGGGAGCUAUAGCAAAAAAAAUUCAUUGUGCAAAAGUGUACUAAUGACCGUGAUAUGAUAUAUGAAUCAUACUGCAUUUUAAGUUUGGUGUGAGAGUGUAUUUGCAGUUCUAGCAUUCAGCACUGAGACCCAAGAGGCAAGGAGCAAGUGAGGUGUUCCCUGAAGUAACUAUAGCAAGUUCCCUCCCGUCUGCGCUUCCAGUGAUGUGAAGAAUCAGAAUGACUGCUCAAGUUACCCUGGAGGACGCUUUGUCCAAUGUAGAUCUUUUAGAAGAAUUACCACUACCAGAUCAACAGCCAUGUAUUGAGCCUCCUCCAUCAUCCUUGCUUUAUCAGCCAAACUUCAACACCAAUUUUGAAGAUAGGAAUGCAUUUGUCACAGGUAUUGCAAGAUACAUUGAACAAGCAACAGUUCAUUCUAGCAUGAAUGAAAUGUUGGAAGAAGGCCAAGAGUAUGCUGUUAUGCUAUACACAUGGAGAAGCUGCUCAAGAGCCAUCCCUCAGGUGAAAUGUAAUGAGCAACCAAACAGAGUGGAAAUUUAUGAAAAAACAGUGGAGGUUCUAGAGCCAGAGGUCACAAAACUGAUGAAUUUUAUGUAUUUUCAGAGAAAUGCAAUUGAAAGAUUCUGUGGAGAGGUGAAGCGUUUAUGUCAUGCAGAGAGGAGAAAGGAUUUCGUAUCUGAAGCUUAUCUGAUCACGCUUGGGAAGUUUAUCAACAUGUUUGCAGUUUUAGAUGAACUGAAAAAUAUGAAGUGCAGUGUGAAGAAUGACCAUUCAGCCUACAAGCGGGCUGCCCAGUUUUUGCGUAAAAUGGCAGACCCUCAGUCUAUCCAGGAGUCCCAGAACCUGUCCAUGUUUCUUGCCAACCAUAACAAGAUUACUCAGUCUUUACAGCAACAGCUUGAGGUUAUUUCUGGCUAUGAAGAGCUGCUUGCAGACAUUGUGAAUUUAUGUGUAGACUACUAUGAAAACAAAAUGUAUCUUACACCAAGUGAGAAGCAUAUGCUCCUGAAAGUAAUGGGAUUUGGCUUGUAUCUGAUGGAUGGCAGUGUCAGUAACAUCUAUAAGCUGGAUGCCAAGAAAAGGAUAAAUCUAACCAAGAUUGACAAGUUUUUUAAGCAGCUGCAAGUCGUUCCAUUGUUUGGUGAUAUGCAAAUUGAGCUGGCAAGAUAUAUUAAAACUAGUGCUCACUAUGAGGAAAACAAAUCCAGAUGGACAUGUACAUCCUCCAGCAGUAGCCCUCAGUACAACAUUUGUGAACAGAUGAUUCAGAUAAGAGAUGACCACAUGCGCUUUAUUUCAGAGCUGGCUCGUUACAGCAACAGUGAGGUGGUGACUGGAUCAGGCCGUCAAGAAGCUCAGAAAACAGAUGCGGAGUAUCGAAAACUAUUUGAUCUUUCUCUCCAGGGUCUUCAGCUUCUGUCUCAGUGGAGUGCACAUGUUAUGGAAGUGUAUUCAUGGAAGCUGGUGCAUCCAACUGACAAAUACUCGAACAAAGAUUGUCCAGACAAUGCAGAAGAGUAUGAGAGAGCAACACGAUACAAUUAUACCAGUGAAGAGAAGUUUGCACUUGUUGAGGUGAUUGCAAUGAUUAAAGGACUACAGGUGUUGAUGGGCAGGAUGGAAAGUGUCUUCAAUCAUGCUAUUCGCCAUACCAUCUAUGCUGCUCUCCAGGACUUUGCCCAGAUCACACUCAGAGAACCCUUAAGGCAGGCUAUCAAGAAGAAGAAGAAUGUCAUCCAAAGUGUUCUUCAGGCCAUCAGGAAGACAGUAUGCGAUUGGGAGGGUGGACGCGAGCCAUUUAAUGAUCCUGCACUGAGGGGAGAGAAAGAUCCCAAAAGUGGCUUUGAUGUCAAAGUUCCAAGGCGAGCAGUGGGUCCCUCCAGUACCCAGCUUUACAUGGUGAGAACCAUGUUAGAGUCCCUCAUUGCUGACAAAAGUGGUUCCAAGAAAACCUUGAGAAGUAGCCUUGAGGGGCCCACCAUAUUGGACAUAGAAAAAUUCCACCGAGAGUCUUUCUUCUACACUCACUUGAUUAAUUUCAGUGAAACCCUCCAGCAGUGCUGUGACUUGUCUCAACUAUGGUUCCGGGAGUUCUUUUUGGAACUGACAAUGGGCAGAAGAAUCCAGUUCCCCAUUGAGAUGUCUAUGCCGUGGAUUCUGACUGACCACAUCUUAGAGACCAAGGAGGCUUCAAUGAUGGAAUAUGUUCUAUAUUCUUUGGAUCUUUACAAUGACAGUGCUCAUUAUGCCCUUACUAAAUUCAAGAAGCAGUUUCUCUAUGAUGAAAUUGAGGCAGAGGUCAACUUGUGCUUUGACCAGUUUGUCUACAAGUUGGCAGAUCAGAUAUUUGCCUACUACAAGGUUAUGGCAGGAAGCCUGCUGUUGGAUAAGCGAUUAAGAUCCGAGUGCAAGAACCAGGGAGCCACAAUACCUUUGAUAACAUCUAACCGAUAUGAUACCUUACUAAAGCAAAGACAUGUCCAGCUCCUUGGUCGGUCAAUAGAUCUGAACCGCCUGAUCACUCAGCGAAUUUCAGCAGCCAUGUACAAAUCUUUGGAACUGGCAAUUGGCCGCUUUGAGAGUGAAGAUUUGACAUCCAUUGUAGAGUUGGAUGGGCUGGUAGAAAUAAACAAGAUGACACACAAACUCUUGAGUAAAUACAUGACUUUGGACAGUUUCGAUGCCAUGUUCCGAGAAGCAAACCAUAAUGUAUCGGCUCCGUAUGGAAGAAUAACCCUUCAUGUCUUUUGGGAGCUGAACUAUGAUUUUCUUCCAAAUUAUUGCUACAAUGGGUCCACUAACAGGUUUGUUCGAACUGUACUCCCCUUUUCCCAAGAAUUCCAGAGAGAUAAGCAGCCGAAUGCACAGCCCCAAUAUCUGCAUGGAUCAAAGGCUUUGAAUCUGGCAUACUCCAGUAUCUACAGCAAUUACAGGAAUUUUGUUGGACCCCCUCACUUCAAAGUCAUCUGCAGGCUCCUGGGAUACCAAGGCAUUGCAGUAGUUAUGGAAGAGUUAUUGAAGGUUGUCAAGAGUCUGUUACAAGGCACGAUUCUGCAGUAUGUGAAGACCUUGAUGGAAGUGAUGCCUAAAAUCUGUAGGUUACCCAGACAUGAAUAUGGCUCCCCAGGUAUUCUAGAAUUCUUCCAUCAUCAGCUGAAGGAUAUUGUGGAGUACGCAGAACUGAAAACUGUGUGUUUCCAGAAUCUUCGAGAAGUAGGAAACGCAGUUCUCUUCUGCCUUCUGAUUGAACAGAGCUUGUCGCUGGAGGAAGUAUGUGAUCUUUUGCAUGCAGCACCUUUCCAGAACAUUUUACCAAGAGUUCACGUCAAAGAGGGUGAAAGACUUGAUACAAAAAUGAAGAGGCUGGAAUCAAAGUAUGCUCCACUCCAUCUUGUUCCUCUGAUUGAGAGACUAGGAACACCACAGCAAAUUGCCAUAGCAAGAGAAGGAGACCUGUUGACCAAAGAGCGCCUCUGCUGUGGGCUGUCUAUGUUUGAAGUCAUCUUAACCAGGAUCCGGACCUUCCUGGAUGACCCAAUCUGGCGUGGCCCUCUCCCCAGCAACGGUGUGAUGCAUGUAGAUGAGUGUGUGGAAUUUCACCGCCUCUGGAGUGCAAUGCAGUUUGUAUACUGUAUUCCCGUAGGAACACAUGAAUUUACUGUGGAACAAUGUUUUGGAGAUGGGCUGCACUGGGCUGGCUGUAUGAUUAUUGUGCUUCUGGGACAGCAACGCCGAUUUGAUGUGCUAGAUUUCUGCUACCACUUACUGAAAGUACAAAAGCAUGAUGGAAAAGAUGAGAUCAUAAAGAAUGUGCCUUUGAAGAAAAUGGUUGAAAGAAUCCGCAAGUUCCAGAUCCUGAAUGAUGAGAUCAUUGCUAUAUUGGACAAGUAUUUGAAAUCCGGCGAUGGGGAAGGCACACCAGUGGAACAUGUCCGUUGCUUCCAGCCUCCCAUUCACCAGUCCUUGGCCAGCAACUAAAGAAGCUCCAUGUUCCGAUCCCAUUUGGAAGCCACACAGUGUGUACCACAUUUCCCAGGACAGAUUUGAUGGUUAUGCUGAUAUUCACUGUUUUACAGUACUGUCCACACUUUCUGAAAGGAGAGGGUUUCUAGUUCUGUUUCCAAGCAUAGUAACUGUACACAAUUCUAGUUUUUAGACUACUUUUUGUAUACUUUUUAUAAAAGGCUUUGAAAUGCAUCCUAUUUCUAGUCUUAUAAUCCUUUGCAUUCCUCCAAUGAUAUAAUCAUUUCAGAAUGGACUGGUGUACAGGGUCUUCCUUCACUUAUCCAUUACUAACAAUCAGAAUGUACGGGGUGUGUACAAUUAACUUGUUUUUUAAAAGCAUUAUGCUGCUAAGACAGCCUUUAGAGAAUGUCCUCCUUUAGUAACUUCCAUGAGUUUCUUUUAAUCACUUUUCUCUGAAAAUAGCUGCAGCACUAUUAUGUAAUUAGCUUUGGAAUAAAGCUUUUUAUGGGGACUUUUUAAAAGGAGACAAUAAGAUAGAUAUUAUUUUAUUCUAUCAAAUUUGUAGAGCCAGUUCAUGUGUUUAGAAAUAAUUAUUCUUGCUGCUUUUUAAAGCUUUUCAUGUAAAACUGGAAAAUUAGAGUUCCAUUUUCCACAUCACAUUGGAAGCAUACAAAGCAGCAUGAAUUGCAUUCUGGAACUAUAUAUAGAUGUGCAUCUUAGUUUGACAGAUAUUUUUACAACUUGAAUGUCACAUUCUUUUCAAAUUAUGUUCACCCAUUCUGAGAAAUGGAGUCAGUUUCCUUUAUAACUUUUUUCCUGAUGCUAAGCUUUUGUAAUAUUUAUGCAUCUGCUUAUGUGACUUGUGGCUCAGCUGUUGAAUUAUUCUGAAGCUAAAUUUUGAAUUAAAAAUGUUAAAGACACACUCA